AUGGUACCUAGAAUAGUGCUUCUGGACCGCAAUUGCGAAUUGACCAAACUUUGGAGACAAGUUCUCGCGCAAAUACCACUGGCUUCGGAGACGAAGCCACUCGUCUCGGAGGGAACACUACAAGAUUUCAAAUUUGAUGAAAUCGCAACACCAGCAGCGAUAGUUUCACCGGGCAAUUCGUUAGGAUUCCUGGGUGGUGGAUUUGAUUUGGCUCUUAGAGAAUUCUUUGGAGGUUUACCCUUCGAACGGUUUUUCCGGCAAACCCUGCAAGAGGUUUAUAGACCUGUUAUGGUCGCAACCCCUGUUCCACUACAGCUCUGGGCAAAAGGCGGAUUUGAGUACAUUAUUCAUGUUCCUACAGUUGUUGAACCUUCUGCCAAAGUCUGCUUUAACGAAGAGGGUUCCAGACCUUCCCACAGACCAGUUUUCGAUGCCAUGUGGAGUGCCCUUAACAGUAUUCCAACAAGUGUGAAAACACUUGUAGUUCCAGGAUUGUGCACUGGAUACGCCGGCGUUCCCAUCGACAAAAGCUGCCAGGCAAUGUGGUUUGCUAUCAGUUUAUUUUACGCCAAGCGGUACAUUUCUAGCCGUCUGUUAAACGUUUUGAUCUUGCGGUUUCUUGGGUACUCCUACGAAGCGUUUUAUGAUCUCGAUGGAUUAGAAGAAGAAUGCCACGAAGUCGGUUUGAACUUAGCUCAAAUCUGUGAAUUUGACAUUAACGAGAGUUUAUUAACUGACAUGAUACCUAAGAUUGAUAUUUCAAAGACCUCUUAUACACGCGGACCAAACUCCAGCUCAAUAUAA